CCAACAAAAAAUAUUUUUGUGUUACGGAUGAACUCCUCUAUGUGUACACCAAAUUUCAGAAUUUUUUGAAUUUUCGGGUUGCCAAACGUUCCUUGUUAGAUAUAAUCGAAUAAACUUAAAGAUAACUUUAAAAGUCAGGCGGUAUGUUUCAUCAAAUAAUCCUUAAAAAAUUCUUUUUUUAGAAUUUAUGCAGUUUUGUUUAUAAAAAUAUGGAGCAAAAUAAAAAAGGAAGAACCAAGAAUCUUACAGAAUCGUAGAAAAUGCUUCUCAUUGAAUUAGUGCGUGAAAGAUGUAAAAUAUUAGAAAAUAAAACAACAAAUACAGUUUCUGUGAAAGAAAAAGUUUGUUGGGAAGACUUGAGACUUAAUUUCAUGUCCCGUUCCAAUGGAGUUUCACGAUGUGUACAGUUUCUAAAAACAUGUUGGGACAAUAUGAAAAAGAGAACUAAAAAACAAUAUGCUGAGAAGAAACAAGCAAUUUAUAAAACUGAUUGAUAUCUAUUGGCAUUUACAAUCAAAGAAAAGCAAUAAAAGAUUGAUGAAUAAACUAUUAGAUUCUAUUAUUUUAUUAUGUUUUUUAAGCAGAGGACAAUAUAAAGCUAUAAGUGAUCCAGUAGCUGAGCAAGUACGGAAAAUAAUAAGACCGUCAGUAGAAGGCUUAUCGAAUGUUUUUGAUAAUGACUGCAUCGAAGGAUCUCAAAACAGUUUUGAUAAAAAUGUGGAAUUCGUAGAAGAAUGGCUGGACUACUCAAAUAAAAAUAUUAUAGGAGGUGAAAGCGAUAUAGAAGAAGGUGAAGAUGAUAAGGAAGAAAACAUAGGUGAUACGAAAGAUGAUGGUGAAUGUAACAUGAAAGAACCAGUAUUAAACGUAUGUUUAUAAUUACAUUUACUUAUAAUAAUGAAUAAAAACUUAGAUAAGAGUUGUAAUCAUUUAUAUUUGUACCUUGUACUUUCUUCAAAAGGAUAAAUUGAGCUGGAGAAAUUGUAAUCCACAAAAAUUAAAAACAUAAAUUAGUGUAUCACUUAGAACAUCUGCGGCGACUAAAAGAAAAUCUACAGUGGAUCAUUCAGCAAGUAGUGAAGAAAAAAAAUCAAAAGUAAAUGAUUCCAGUCCGUUAAUAUUUAAAGAAGCUAAAAAAACAAGCAAUCAGUUAAAACAAAAAAAUACUAACAAUAGCAAAAACAAAUUUGGAAAAUUGGUGGAUAAUAAAGUUGACUUAAUUAAUUUAACAAUGGAUAAU